CACAGACAAUAUUUGUAUGUAUAUUUUAUUUACUAAUUAGUUUUUCUUACAGGAGAGAGAGUGUUGGUAUCUGGUGUUGCAACGUUCAUUGUUGACGUCAUGUAUACUCGACUGCUGACUGCUGUGACGCUCUUUGUUGCAGUGAGAGGAAGGUGUGAGGAUGACUGGGUAAGCUACAAUAACUUCUGCUACCUACACUCACAGCAACGAUCCUACCAGACACUGACCUACACUCAAGCCAGGAGACAGUGCCAGCACCUCGGAGCAGACCUGGUCUCCAUACACUCCUCCCACGAGAACACUUUUCUCACGUCUCUCGUCAAGGCUAAUGACCAGACUGACACCUGGAUAGGCAUCACCAACAGGUGGCCCUUGGACAAACACUCCUGGUCAGAUGGCACUCCUACCACCUUCACCAGCUGGCCAGACACCAGCACCAGCUGGCCAGACACCAGCACCAGCUGGCCAGACGACAGGAAGGAGAGGAGAGAGAACGAUAGAAGGAGUGUUAGAGGCGGCAACACGGAGCAACAACUCUCCAUUACUGACGUGUCGCCGCGUCACACCAGCUGUGGACACAUCUCCAGUGAUACACCUGCCACACACUGGAACCUGGACACCUGUCACACCAACAAACAUUACAUCUGUAAGAAGGUUCAACAGUCAGCACAAAGCAACACUUCCCAAGACACCUGUGUACAGUGUUUGUCGCGUAAUAAGAGGUUCAGUGUCCAGAGACCAAUGUUUGUCUACAAACCUGGCGAGUCUCAUGACGCAGGACGUCCUGUCUUCUCAUCACUUUUCCAUUCUCGUUUUGGUCCACACUUCACAGACGUAGGAAGCGCACGGAAGCAUUUGGAAGGCGUCUUAUUGCGUUCAAGGAUCACACCGUGGCAUCCUGACCUGGCAGCUCCACAGCCUCCACGUUUCACGAUGUAUCACAGAUUUCACGAUGGUGAACAAGUACAGCUGGGUGAUCCCUCUGCUGUAGUUCCCUCUAAAAAAGUUCUCAAGAGUAUAUUACAGGCCCACUUAAUGCCAUCUUCUGGUUCUUCGAGCCAGAGAACACCUGCCACAACCUUGACGGUAGACAGCGUCGCCCAUGGAGGACCGUCACUGACUACGACACAGUCCCUCACUGAUAAUGGAAACGAAAGUGUCAUUGCCUCACUGACAAGUGCUUCAAGUGCUAGUGAAGCAAGUGUCAGUGUCAAUGGGGAAACAUCUGAGCUCAACACCUGCCAGACGGGAGAUGAGUCCUACCAGAGUUCUUGCUACAGCAUCCCAGGUGACCAACUCUCCUGGAGUGAUGCACAGAACCACUGUCUCUCCAGGACCUCACACCUGGCUGUCAUUAAUGACAGAGAGGAAUCAGAAUUCGUGCGAGGUCUGUUUGGUGAGGCGGGGAGAGGUUGCUGGCUCGGUGGAUCUGUCAGCCAGGUUGAUGACGACCCUCCGGUGCUCUCCUGGGUCAACCAUCAACCAUUUACCUUCAUCAACUGGAACGAAUAUCAACCAAGUCUGGAAGACGGAAUGUGUCUGAGAGUGGCCGACAACUCUGGUGCCUGGAUAAUGUCCCACUGCCAGGAGAAACUAAACUAUAUCUGUGAGUAUGAGAUUACUACACCCACUCAGCCGCCCACUCAGCCGCCCACCCAGCCGCCCACCGAGCCACCCACCCAGCCGCCCACUGAGCCACCCACCCAGCCGCCCACCGAGCCACCCACCCAGCCGCCCACAGAGCCAUCCACCCAGCUGCCCAUAGAGCCGCCCACCCAGCCGCCCACAGCCACGUGCAGUGAUGGGUGGCACCUAAUAGUGAACCGUUGUUACAGAGUGUUCAACAGAGCAGUACCGUGGGCAACUGCUGUCCUGUCAUGCGCCUCCCAGAAUGGUCACCUGGCUGAUGUAGCCACCGUUAAUAAGGAGAAAUUUGUUCAUGAGGAUCACUUAACAUGGUGUCCGUCCUUCACUCUGGCUCCGUUAUCGUGGUGUCCGUCCUUCACUCUGGCUCCGUUAUCGUGGUGUACGUCCUUCUCUCUGGCUCCGUUAUCGUGGUGUACGUCCUUCACUCUGGCUCCGUUAUCGUGGUGUUACGUCCUUCACUCUGGCUCCGUUAUCGUGGUGUACGUCCUUCACUCUGGCUCCGUUAUCGUGGUGUACGUCCUUCACUCUGGCUCCGUUAUCGUGGUGUACGUCCUUCACUCUGGCUCCGUUAUCGUGGUGUACGUCCUUCUCUCUGGCUCCGUUAUCGUGGUGUACGUCCUUCACUCUGGCUCCGUUAUCGUGCUGUACGUCCUCCCUCUCUGGCUCCGUUAUAUCGUGGUGUACGUCCUUCACUCUGGCUCCGUUAUCGUGGUGUACGUCCUUCACUCUGGCUCCGUUAUCGUGGGUACGUCCUUCACUCUGGCUCCGUUAUCGUGGUGUACGUCCUUCACUCUGGCUCCGUUUAUCGUGGUGUACGUCCUUCACUCUGGCUCCGUUAUCGUGGUGUACGUCCUUCACUCUGGCUCCGUUAUCGUGGUGUACGUCCUUCACUCUGGCUCCGUUAUCGUGGUGUACGUCCUUCACUCUGGCUCCGUUAUCGUGGUGUACGUCCUUCACUCUGGCUCCGUUAUCGUGGUGUACGUCCUUCACUCUGGCUCCGUUAUCGAGGUGUACGUCCUUCACUCUGGCUCCGUUAUCGUGGUGUACAUCCUUCACUCUGGCUCCGUUAUCGAGGUGUACGUCCUUCACUCUGGCUCCGUUAUCGUGGUGUACGUCCUUCACUCUGGCUCCAUAACUGAGUUCACUGAUAUCGCCUUGUGGGUCGGUGCACAUGCAACCAUCGACUCUGGCUACGAGUGGAUAGAUGGAUCUCCCUUCAACUACGUCAACUGGAGAGAGGGUGAACCAAACAACCUGAUGGAACAAGAGGACUGCCUCGUGAUCUACAACCACAAACACGGGUACUGGAACGACCAGAACUGUGGCUACGUGGAGGGUCGUGUCUGUAAGAGGAAACACGGCACUACUCUCCCUUCUGUAGUACCUACCCCACCUCCUGCUGGCCACUGCUAUCCUGGUUGGAUGCACAUAGGUGACAAAUGCGUGCAAAUGUUCACAGACAAGAAGAACUUCAGUGAUGCUCGAUCUUCUUGCAGAAAUCUGAGUGUAGGCGCAGACCUGGCUAGCAUACACUCUCCUGCUGAACAAGCCUACCUGACCGCUGUCUUGAAGACCAUGCCCGUCAACAUGUUCCUAGGAAUGUUGAACGCCAAGGGAUUCCAUUGGCUUGAUCAGACUGCAGUAACUUUUACCAACUGGGCGGCGGGCGAGCCCAAUGGUCAGGUGAUACGACGUGAAAACAACGUAGGGGAAGACUGUGUGGAGAUCCUGAACUCCCGUAACCAAGCUGGUAUGUGGAAUGACGUGGAGUGUAAGACCUUGAAUGUAGUGUGUCAGAGACCAGUGGGUAAAGUUACCCUCUCCCCAGGCCUGGGUUGGCCUGGCUUGUGUAACAGAUUUACUCGCAGGAGGACAGGUCGAGAGAUCAUGAACGUGGUAGCAGCCAGACACUGGGAUGGUCAUGUGUUUCGGUGGACGGAUGGAUACCCAUCAUUCUACAGUCACUGGGGUGAUGGAGAACCUAAUGUGAGCCUCAGUGAGCACAAGUGCACCAGAGUAAGCACCCUCGAUGGUCUGUGGUCUACCCCCAAUCUGCACUGCCUGCAGGAGCACAGUAACCUGGUAUCAGUACACUCGGAGGGUGAAGUGCAGUUAUUACUGAUGGCGAUGCAUCACGUCAGAAACUCAGUCUGGCUGGGCCUUGUACAGAAGAAAGAUGGUAUGUCUUAACUAACUAGGGGGUAU